AUGCACAGCGCUGGGACGACGCUGGAAGGACCUUGGUCAAGUGUCACCACGAUUAUCGGUCAAGCACAUCAGAUACUUCACGACCAAGGCAUUGUCCGGAUACAAACUGACAUCAGAAUCGGGUCAAGAACGGAUAAGAAGCAGACCGCUAAGGACAAGGUAGAUGCUGUGGAAAAACUCCUGGCAGCCGAUCAAGGGCAAAGUAGCAGUACUGAGGAGCCUGGCAUGAAGCAUGAGAAGGAUACCACAAGGGACGCCCCAAAUUCAACUACGAUGCCGGGCGAGGUGAGCGGCAUCAUUCCUGACAAAUGA